UAGCAGUAGCAGUAGUAGUAGUAGUAGUAGUAGUAGUAGUAGUAGUAGUAGUAGUAGUAGUAGUAGUAGUAGUAGUAGUAGUAGUAGUAGUAGUAGUAGUAGUAGUAGUAGUAGUAGUAGUAGUAGUAGUAGUAGUAGUAGUAGUAGUAGUAGUAGUAGUAGUAGUA